AUGACUGAUACGUCUAGUACGUCACGAGCAUUUACUCCUGAACAAAAUAUACGUUUUAAUGGACCAAAAGGUCGUCGAAGAAGUAUUUCUAUAAGUUUGCAUGAAACAGCAACACCAGCAGUUAAAUCUUUAUCAUCAUUAGAACAUGUUGAUUUACAAAAUGAUAAUUCUGAUUUAUUAUCCGCUUAUGAUAAAUUAACAGUAUGGAAACGAACCAUUGAAAAACAUUUAAAUCGUAUUUAUUUACAUAAACUUAAAGAAAUAGAUAAUUUAUUAUCUGAUGGACAAAAUCAUAUUGAUAUUGUAUUUGGUACACUACCAUCAUUUGACGAAUUAGCAAUAGUUACAUCUCGACAACAUACUAUUGAUCAUACAUAUGAUGAUAUAGAAUUAAAUCAUCAAAAUUCUCAAUCAUUUGAUUUAACAAGUAAUAAUAUAUUACUUUGUACAUCGGAUCGUUAUGUAUUAAUUUAUGAUGAUAUAAAAACAAAAUUAAUUUUAUAUAAUAAUACAUCAUAUAUAAAUUCAUCUAUAUGGGAUACAAAUGAAUAUGGUGAUCCAUGUGAUUUAACAUAUUCAUAUUAUUUAGAUUUAUAUUGUAUUAUAACAAAUCGUGGUUUAUUUACAUGGUCCAAUGAAAAUAAUUCAAUACCAUUACAUAUUGAUUCAAUAAGACCUAUAUCAGGAAAUCGUUUAUGGACAAUAGCAUCAACAGAUACAAAAUCCGAUGUAUUUAUAUUAUUUAAAUUAGGUAGUUAUAUUGAAAGAUGGAAUUCAAUAGUUGGUACAAAAUCUUGGCAACAUAUACAACGUUGGUCAAAUCAUGAUUUAUUUGAACGUAAUGAUCAACGUAUAAGAACAAUACGAAUGACAUCAAAUUAUGUUGUAUGGACAGUUGAAUCAACAAAAACAUCUGAGUGGAGAGUUGAUUUACUUGAUUAUCAUUUACAAGUUCUACGACGAGGUAUUAAUAUAGAUAAUUUAGAUAAAUAUUCUUCAUGUUUAUUAUCAAAUUUUGGUCCAGAACAAUUUCUUAUUAUUGACAGUAAUUGUCAUUCAUUAUUUUUACUUGAUUCAAAUGGUUCUAUUAAAUUAAAAACAGAUUCUAUUAUAAAUAAACGUAUUAAAAAUGCUGUUCUAAUGAAUAAUAAUAAUCAAAAAUGGCUUGUUGUUCGAUUAGAACGACCAGAUCAAUUAUAUUUUAUUGCUUUAUCGGACAAAACAGACAAUUUAAACAAUAACAUGUAG